CACCACUGUAAUUUCAUUUUGUCUUGUAGAUCUCGCUCAGUAAGGGCGGACCCCGUAAUGCAAGGGGAAAACGAUUUUCCUUUCUUACCGUCUUACGAUAUGGCGAUGAGCAGCCCACCAGUCAGCCAACAGUCUGUACAAUCAGUCGCAGGAAAUGCAAGUAUAGAUAACGGAGUCGUUGUGGACAUGACAAGACUCAGUUUUGAUCAAGUAACCCACAACCGUCACGAUUCCAUAGAGUCAAUAGGUUCUAAUGUGCAUACAUUGACAAGGAAUGACAGCAUCGACAACGGCGUGGUGAUGGAGAUAAGGACACUUAGUGUGAACACGAGCUAA